UUACAUACAUACAUAUGUACAUAUGUAUGUACGUAAGCGAUAUUUAGGUUUGAAGUUUUUUUUGUGUAACAGUUGCCACUUUGGACUAUGAGCAACUAUGACGAGAAGAUCAAUGUACUGCCGGAAAUGGAGUACCCCUGUGAGAUGCUCAUCGACAGGUUCUUAAUGGAUCCCGGCCAGAAUACGCAAAAUAAACCGGGAGACAGUGAUUUCAGUAUGAACGGUGGCCUUAACGCAUUCCUGCGUGCCAAGUCAUUGGUGGAUCCCGAUAAAGCUUCGAUAUCUGACGUGCAAGACGACAUGCGUCCCUCAGAGCAGGACGAUCUUCACCCUUGGAUGAGGUGCUGCGGACGCAACUUCAAGCACUCGGUUUUUUCGCUUCAACCAAGCCGAGCACCUAAGCGAGGACUUGGGCGUCACAGACGCGGGCUGUCUCGCGCACAACUUGGGCAGCCCAAUCCCUAAGCAAAGAACAUACAAAAAACCUUAUCCA